AUGAGCCAAGAAAUCCCAAGGCCAAACGCCGCGCGGCCUGGGACAUACAAGUACAAAAGGGUCUCGUCGCAACCGGAGAAUCCCUUCGCCAAGCUUAUUCCCGACCAGCAGAUCGCCAUCAUCCCUGAGUUCACCCUCGAGUCCGGUGUGACGCUUUACAAUGUCCCCGUCGCCUACACCACGAGGGGCACGCUCUCCCCUGAAGCCGACAACUGCAUGGUCAUCUGCCAUGCUUUGACUGGCAGCGCCGAUGUGGCCGACUGGUGGGGGCCUCUAAUCGGAGGGCCCGGUCGCGCCUUUGAUACUACACGCUUCUUUAUCGUCUGUAUGAACAGUCUGGGGAGCCCGUAUGGGACAGCCAGCCCCGUAACUGCCAAGGAUGGCGAUCCGUCUCGCGGGCGCUAUGGCCCUGAAUUCCCCUUGACGACGAUCCGGGAUGACGUUAGACUACACAAGCUGCUCCUCGACGACCUAGGCGUCAAGCAGGUGGCCGCUGUGAUCGGCGGCUCUCUGGGCGGUAUGUUCGUGCUAGAAUGGGCCUACUUUGGCAAGGACUACGUGCGGUGUAUUGUCCCGAUCGCGACAUCGAGCCGCCACAGUGCCUGGGGCAUCAGCUGGGGCGAAGCCCAGCGCCAAUCCAUCUACGCCGACCCGAAGUACGAGGACGGCUACUAUUCCUUCGACGACCCGCCGACAACUGGCCUGGGUGCCGCGCGCAUGGCCGCCCUCCUGACCUACCGCAGCCGUAACAGCUUCGAGGCCCGCUUUGGUCGCAAUACACCCGACCCGUCGCGCCGUCAGUUCAUCCGCGAGGUUCCCCCGCCGCAGACGCCCGAUGAAGCACAUUUCCAUAUCCACAAUGACGGCCACAAGUGGAAGCGCUCUCCCAGCCGGCAGAACAGCGUGACAAACGGCAACGCUCCCAACCCCGAUCCGCAGUUCCACGGCCCGCAAAGGAACGGCAGUAGCAGCGGCAAUGGCGGCUCCCUGACCGGCGGCGCCGUCAUGCCCAAGGGCUCAACCUAUUUCUCCGCACAAUCCUACCUGCGCUACCAAGGCGAGAAGUUCGUCAAGCGUUUUGACAGCAACUGCUACAUCGCCAUGACCCGCAAGCUGGACACGCACGACGUGAGCCGCGGGCGCGCCCCGACUGUGGCCGAGGCGCUGGCCAUGAUCGAGCAGCCGACACUGGUGCUGGGCAUCGAGAGCGACGGGCUAUUCACGUUUGCCGAGCAGGAGGAGUUGGCGGCGCACAUCCCGAACGCGCGGCUGGAGCGUAUCGACAGCCCCGAGGGGCACGAUGCCUUCCUGCUGCAGUUCGAGCAGGUCAACCACUAUAUCCUCAGCUUCCUGCGCGAGACGCUGCCCGACAUCAUGGGCAAGGAUGCCGAGGGCGUCGUGGAGGAGAGCGUCGGGCAGCUGACUAAGAGUAGCACGUUUGGCGAGGCAGAAGUGGGGGACAUUACGGCGUGGUAA